UGGACCUAUACCACGCAGGCGUUUGAGCCAGAAUAAUUAUACUUAAGAGAGAAGUCUUGUAAGUACGAGGUCUACUUGAACGCACCAUUCAGUUCUGCCAAAGCGUGGGGAACAAAUUUUGCGCCUGUGGGGAUCCGACAAGAGACUGCGCACAUGCCAUGGACAGCUCAAUAGAGCCUGCCUCUGUGGACCCCACAGCAGCCACCUUUUCACAGGUGGUCUUCACUGAUGUCCCACGCUCUUACCCUACUUCCACUGACGUCACCUGUAACUACACAGUCACCCCCAUGUUUCAGCCCCAUAGUCGGGACUGGGUUGGGAUUUUCAAGGUUGGGUGGAGUUCUGCAAAAGAGUAUCAUACUUUUGUGUGGGUGGAGCCAUGUCAAGACACAGCAGGGCAGAAGGCUCUGACGAAACAAGCUGUUUUCAAGGAUUACUAUCUGCCCAAAGAUGAUGAGUUCUACCAGUUCUGCUACAUCGACAGUACAGGACAAGUGCGAGGAGCCAGCACACCUUUCUGUUUCCUAAACCCUGGAGAUCAAAAUCUGGACAACAGCCCUGAGGAUGACCUCCUAGUGAUUACAACACAGGAACAAGUUGAACAAAGUGUCCGUGAAAAGGCUGAACUGAUGAAAGAGCUGGAGCAGAUAAGAGCGGAAAAUGAAACUUUGAAAAGUGAUUUACUAAAAGAGAGACAAGAGGUUGAGAACUGCAAGGGGCUGAACAUACGGAAAGAGCAAGACUGGAACACCCUAAUGGCGGAAAUGGAUCUUAUCAGGGAAGAAAGAGAUCAACUCAAAAGAGAUGUACAAAAGCAAACAAUGGAAAUGGAAAGCUUAAAGGGUGAGAUGACAAAAGCCCAACCACAAAGAAAAUAUAGCUUGGAUUCUGCUGACCCUGUAAAACAAAAUGACAGAUAUGAAAAAGCACUGAAAAAAAUUAAAAUGCUGAAGGAGGAAGUAGGCAAACUGAAGGACAUUAAUGAAGCUCAAAAACCAGUGAUAUCUGAGCUCAAAACAAAAGAAAAGGAGUUUUUAAGAGCGCAAGACGACCUCCAGCUCUUAAAGGUUGACCUACAGCGCACAGAAACUGAGAAGCAGAGAAUAAACACUGAGCUACAAAACUUGCAAAGCAGAAUUCAGCAAUUAGAAGAGGAAAACCUGGAAAUGCAAAGGAAAUCAUAUAAGCAGGAGUCAGUUCAAAAUGGUCCUGUAGACGAUUUGAAGGUAAAGUGUCAGGAGCUUACAGGUGAGCUGCAACAGGCUCAGAGAGUAUUGGCAGCAGAGAAGGAAGAGUCCAAAAAUCUUAGAAGACGAACAGAAGCUGUAGAGGUGGAAAUUUCAAAAAUAAAAGAAAAUCUGCACAAUAUGACGGCGUACAGUGCAGAUCUGGAAAAGAAGAAUGACAAAUUUCAGAUUCAACUAAGGGAGGCCCAUGAAAUCAUUGCUGAAAAAGAUGCCUUGAGAGAAGACCAAGAACAUGUGAUUAAACUUGACAGACGUGAGAAGGAAGAGCUUGCUAAAGAAAACCAGGCCCUGAAAAGAGAUAUUGAGGAACUGCGCAGAGCUUUUGUAGAACAUCCUCGAAAUGUGGUGGAAAGUAUGUAUGACGAGAUCAGACCAGAAGCAGAAGAAAACACGCCACAACUGAACCUGGACUAUGAACAACCCAAUUCAACAGAGCGGUCAAUCCCAUCUGAGGGCCAUUAUGAAAAUAUAGAUCAGCUUCAGUCAGCAGACACAGAAAACAUACAGGAAGAGGAGUGCAUGGUGUGCUGCUACUGCCAGGAGCUUUUCCCAGGAAUCACCCAGAAUGAACUAGAGCAGCAUGAACAGAGCCACCGCGUUUGCCCCUUCUGCACCUUCAUUUGUGACGACAUGGAGCAGAGAGAGUUCGAAGACCACGUAUACGGCCAUGAGUUGUAACAGCAGCAAAGCUUUUACUGCCAUAUUUGUAAAUAUUUUAACCUAAAUUAUAAUAAGGUUGUCUUUUCAUUCCAUAGAAGUAAACUGUAUGUAUUUUUCCCAAUAAGGACAAUCUAUGAACCACACUGUGGAGUUAGGGUAUUAUGAGAUAUAACUUUCUCAUGUAAAGUCAAGCAUGUAGCACCUACAUAAAAGGUGGAAGUUCAAAGCUAUGCAUUAAUUUCGAUUUUAAACCAAACCACCUGUUUGUACCUGUACCGCGGAGUUAUUUUUAUCAAUCACACAAAUUAAAAGUUGUUUUCUGUCAGCAAAUUAACCUGCUAUCAAAAUGAGUUAAAGUUUACAUGUUGUAAUUAUUAUAUUGUUUAUGGUGAAGAUGCAGGAAACAUCUGUAUGGCCUUUUUAUUAGAAAGAAUUUUGAUGAAGCAAUAAUGAUUGUGUAGCAGCAUGAGACAAAAUGUAUUCAAACAGCCAUGUAUUAUAAUAAUGUAUCUGUAUAAUAACACAGCUGUAAAAUUAUAAAGUUAAAAUAAAACAUCUGAAUGAA